AUGCAGGCAAGUCAGGAGUAUCGACCGUUACCGGCCGAAAACAGCAUUGAAAUCCCACUGCGUGGCGGGGAUGAAGUAAUUGAAUUAGAUACAGAUCAAUUGCCGGAUGGUGAAGAGGUUCUCAACAUUCUGAGUCAAGAAAAAGCACCUCUGCAAAUCUGGACUACUGUUGCGGUGGCUUAUUAUAAGAAAAAGUUGUAUGAUGAUUUCGAGAAAAUCCUUGAAGAGGCCUAUCGAAACGCAGCUGAUUUGCAGCCUUAUCAUGAAAGUGAUUUGGUUCGCUUGCUUGAUAUGUUGGCAAACUACUACGGGCGCAAAGCAUAUAAAGAAAAGAGCAAGGAAAAGAAGAAUCAACUGAUUGCCCAGGCCACUCGCCUCUUCACCUCAGCUGAUCGAAUUGAUAUGUACGAUCAGAAACAUUUGCUCGGUCGUGCAUUCUUUUUCAUCUACGAGGGUGAAAAUUGGAGCCAAGCUGACAGCCAGUUGAAUUUCGUGCUCAAUCAAGGCGCUCCAAGUGUUCCGGCAUAUUUGGGUAAAGCUUGUAUUGCUUUCAACAAAAAAGAGUAUCGGAAUGCUCUGGGAUUUUAUCGCAAAGCACUCCGACUGCAACCCAACUGUCCGGCCACUGUGCGUUUGGGUAUGGGUCAUUGUUUUUUCAAACUUGGAAACUUGGAAAAGGCGCGACUCGCAUUUCAGCGUGCAUUGGAUUUAGAUCCGGACUGCGUUGGUGCUCUGGUAGGAUUGGCAAUACUUGAUCUAAACGAGAAAACUCAGGAAUCUAUCAAACAAGGUGUACAAAAAUUGUCCCGUGCGUACAACCUGGAUCCCACGAAUCCCAUGGUGCUAAAUCAUCUUGCCGACCAUUUCUUCUACAAAAAGGAAUAUGCCAAAGUCCAUCGGUUGGCAAUUCACGCAUUUUAUAACACCGAGACCGAGGCGAUGCGUGCCGAAAGCUGCUAUCAGAUGGCUCGAGCAUUCCACAUGCAAGAAAACUAUGAUAAUGCAUUUCAGUAUUACUAUCUGGCCACACAAAUGGCCUCGCCAAACUUCAUUCUUCCAUUCUACGGCCUCGAGGAAACGGCCGCCGUGUCUUUCGAACGUGUUUUGAAAGAUCAUCCGAAUAACUACGAAACAUUGAAGAUCCUCGGCAGUCUGUACGCCCAGUCCACCAAGCCUGAUAAACGUACACAUGCCAAACAACUGUUCAAGCAGGUGAGCACAGGUUCCGUAACAGAAAGUCAACCAGAAGAUGUGGAAGCCUGGAUCGAGUAUGCACAGUUGCUGGAGAAUGAUGUGUCCGGAGCUCUAGAUGCUUAUCUGAAAGCACUGGCUAUUUUAGAAAAUAUCCAGCUUGACAUGGCUCCGGAAAUUCUCAACAAUAUUGGUUGCCUGUACUUCAUGAAAAAUGAACUUGAUCAAGCCGCCUCAUUCUUCUCCCGUGCGGAUGAACGUAUUCAAGAGGAGCAACAGCAGGAAGCACGGGAACGUGCCGAACACGGGACAGCAUCCAAUCCGCCCCAGGCCGAUGAUUAUUUUCACGGUCUGGGAAUCACGGUCCGUUACAAUCGAGCUCGAUUACACGAGGCUCAAGGUAGACCGGAUGUGGCCGAAGAAAUCUAUAAAAGUAUUCUGUUGAAACACCCGAGUUAUAUUGACUGUUAUCUACGUCUUGGCUGUAUAGCCCGUGAUCGUGGUCAGAUCUGGGAUGCAUCGAUUUGGUUCAAAGAUGCUUUGGACGUAGAUCCGGACAGUCCGGAUGCGUGGUCUCUCAUUGGGCUGUGGCAUCUCAGUAAGAACGAAGCUGAACAAGCACAGAAGAAGUUCGAUCGUAUCAUUCGCCAACCCGCCUACUGGGCGGAUGCAUUCGCACGCAUCUCAUUGGGAAAUAUAUGGCUUACUACACUUCAUCAUCCGAUCCGCGACAAGGAUAAACGAAAGCGUCAUCAGGAUCGUGCACUCUCGUUCUACAAAGCUGUACUGUGUGCUGAUCCCCGAAAUAUUUGGGCCGCACACGGUAUCGGUUGUGUGCUAGCUCAUAAAGGUUUCGUCAACGAGGCUCGUGACGUGUUUGCCCAAGUGCGUGAGGCCACCGCAGAAUUUGCCGAUGUAUGGAUCAAUAUUGCACAUAUCUACGUGGAGCAGAAACAGUAUACUGCAGCAAUUCAAAUGCAUGGCUUCUGGAUUGUCAUCGCAGAUCUCUAUUCUUGUUCGGAAUUCUUUCAGUAUGAGAAUUGCAUCCGAAAAUUCGGAAAACAGAACAAUACUGAACUGUUGCAGUAUUUGGCGCGCGCACAUUUCAAAGCCGGUCAAUUGAAGGAAUGUAAAACCAUUCUAUUGAAAGUGAGUGAAAUCAGCUUGUUCACAACAACUGUUCAAAAAGCCAUACAUGUCAAACCAUGGGAUCCGUUGCUCACAUUCAAUUUGGCUCUGGUUCACAAACGUCUUGCAGUAACCGUACUUCAGGAUGAAACUAGCAGUUUCUCUUUGGUGUGUGAAGUGAUAGCCGAUCUGAAUAUGGCCCGAUGAUCUGAUAUUUAUUUACUUGGUUUCAUGGAGUCGCAUACUUCUACCACUUGCGAGACAGGAUUUGACCAACCUUUUAUUAUCUGUAAUCCUGCCCGUUUCGGUCCUCUUUUGUCUGAUCAGGAGGAGGAACGUGAAGCUCAACGGAAACGUCAACUAGAACUACAAAGACAGGCUGAACAGAUGCGUCUGGAACGGGAACGACGUCUUGAAGAGGAGCGAGGUCGAUUCCUGGAGAAAGCCAAACAAAUUGUGAUUGAGCCAGUGGGGGACGAGCGCAAGGGUCGCCGAGGUGGUGGUGGCGGAGGUCGUCGUAAAGACGACUUUAUUGCCUCUGGAGACGAGGAUAGCGGGAGUAGUAGUGGUCCAGAAAAUAAUGAAGGGCGUGAUGAGAGCGCUGAAGGCACUCGUGCUGCCAAAUCCAAGUCAAAGCAGCGGACCGGAAAAAGACGUGCAACCGAUGGUUCGGAAUCGCGUGCAUCGGCCUCGGCUAGGAAGAAGUCUCGUUUCGGUUCAAGUCGUGAUGACGGCCUGACUGCGAAACAACGUAUGCGUGUAGUCAGCAAAGCCAUUGUCUCAGACUCUAGUGACUCCAGUAGUAGCGAUGAAGAUGAGCAAGCCAGAGAGGAUGCCCGAGUGGCAGCGCUGGCUAAGAAAAUUCUUUCCUCGGAUGAGGACGAUCCUGACCAGCCAGUUGAGGAUCUGUUACCACCGCAACGUCCAUCAAGUUCACCGUCCUCCUCUGACUUAUCUGACGGUACUCCAAAACGUCACGCUCGGGACGGGAAACGAUCGAAAAAGUUGACCAAGGCAUCUCACAAAUCCCACAAAGGUUCUGGUGGCUCAAGAGGACGCGUACGCCAUGAGUCUUCUGAAGAAGAGUCAGGAGAAGAGGAGAGGCGUCGUCCAAGCGGCAGAAGUCGGCGCGGGAUGGACAGUGAAAGUGAGGAGGAACAAACAAGCAGAAAGAAACAACACUCAAGGCUCCCUGUUGCUGCAUCUAGCGAUGAUGAGGAUGAUGACUCAGAUACUGCGUUGGCUGGUACGGCAAAGCGAAAGCGUAUGCUUGCCAGCAGUGGCAGCGAACCCGAGGAUGAUGGUGACCGACAGUCCAAUCCAUCCGUCGAGGCCCGUCGCCGACUUGAAGAUUCUCCUGUCUCCUCGCAAAGUAAUGCUAAUGGUCGCCAGCGACCAGGGCUACCCCCACCGUCUGGUUCAGAUGAAGAGUCCUCAGCACUGUCUCAAGACGAGAGCCCAUAA